AGGAUCACAUUAAUAAACGUUGAAAUAUUAUAUAUACAUCAAUAUGCAAUAGCACAGAUAAUAGAUAUGCUCAAGUACUUCUUUUAUUAAGAUAUACAUGUACUAGGUUUUAAACAUAUAUAUGGAUUUGUCUAUAGAAUUAUGUACGUAUAACUUUAACUAAUUCAAACAGUACACAGUUACAUCUAAAUAUAGCUGGCGUCGUUACCGCAGCAUUAUUUUUAGAAAUAACUCCCGAACAUUCGGUCUCUGUUCGUACACAAAGCGUCCGAAUGCUUACUGGAAACUCACACGAAUGCGACCAAACACAGAGUAUAUAAGCUAUAGAAUUAAAAAGUCAGCCUAGAGCAGACGACACUUCUGAAAGGCAGACAAGACAGACAGUAGGACGGUUGUGACAACAUGGAUGGAUGCUUGGAUUCCGAUGAGCCUUCUGAUAGUCCUACGACUAGUAUGGAGACCUCCAGUGAUUCGUCAAUGCCCUUGGCGCCAUCUAGUGGCAGUAUGCAGUCAGUAGAUCUUGAUGAAGCAUGUUCAUCCAUCAUGAACGGCUCACAACUGAAGAGGAAACCUGACGAGAGAAAACAUUUGUCACGCGAUCAAAGCAGGACUUGGCGACAGAGACAAAAGCUGGAUCCACCGUUUCAGAAGAAGGAACGCAAAAGAUCUAAGGAUAGACAUCAGAAAUCACAAAAGUCACAACUGAAGAAAAAACCUGACGAGAAAAAAAUUUCGUCACGCGAGCGAAGCAGGACUUGGCGACAGAGACAAAAGCUGGAUCCACCGUUUCAGAAGAAGGAACGAAAAAGAUCUAAGGAUAGACAUCAGAAAUCACAAAAGUCACAACUGAAGAAAAAACCUGACGGGAAAAAAAUUUCGUCACGCGAGCGAAGCAGGACUUGGCGACAGAGACAAAAGCUGGAUCCACCGUUUCAGAAGAAGGAACGAAAAAGAUCUAAGGAUAGACAUCAGAAAUCACAAAAGUCAAAACCGAAGAGAAAACCCGACGAGAGAAAAAUUCCGUCAUGCGAGCGAAGCAGGACUUGGCGACAAAGACAGAAUCUGGAUCCACCGUUUCAGGAGAAGGAACGAAAAAGAUCUAGGGAGAGACGUCAGAACUGUCGCCAAUUUGGGAUUAACUAUGCUUGUUUUGUUCAGUAGGACACAAUCGCAGUGGGAAUUGUGAGAUACUUUUGUAUCGAUAAUUUUUUUUCAAAUGACCAACUCUUUUUUCCUUCUGUUUAAGAGUCACCCUAACCAUACGUGAUAUAAGUACAUUGUUAAUUUCGGGUUUUUUUCUCGAAAAUGAUAAAAGCUAAUGGUACCGUUUCCAAGACAUUAUAUGUCAAUUGGUUACCUUAGUAACCAGAAGACUCAUAAUUAGGCAGAGUAUGUCCAGAUUAACAUAUAUAUUAUAUUUUUUACGGAUUUUAACGACACUUUGUGAUGUGCAUUUAGUGUUUUUGUAUAUUAAUUUAUAGCUUUUGUAAACUGUUUUUAUACAGUUAUCAACCCGGUGUUUUUGGAAUAAAUUCUACUGAUAUG